AUGUCCAGCUACUACUCUAGCAAAAGCUACAAGAAGCCCUCCGACUCUGCUUCCGACCAUAUAGAACAUCACUACAAUAGUUCAGUACCUCAGCUUCACAUCAGUACUUCAAAACAGACAGAACCAUGGAAUCUGUCACAGCAACCACGAAUCGUGCAAGAUAUGAAAGAACAGGCAUACAGCCCAGCUACGUCAGUACAUACCACGAAAACUACUUCCAGUACGCUGCUACCACAGAGAAUAAUCCGUCAUCACUCAGAUCUGUCUGUGGCACACAACAGUCUCAGUCUCGGUCUACAGAGUAGCUCAUCUUUGCUCACUCCCAGCUAUAGUCCCUCUACAUUCAACUUACCUACACAAGAAGGAACAUGGAGUUCGUUCAAUCUCCGAAGCGCUGAAAAUAGACAGCCCCACUAUUUAUCGCGCCAGUCUAAUGUUAAACCAUCACGCUAUCCCCACAGUGGAAUUAAUAAUAAAGGCUACUUCUCAGUCAGAACAAGCCAAUCAGCACUUAGCAAUGAGGCUGACUUCUCAAGCCAAAGUUUGCCAUUAGAUUUCUACAGCCUAAUUAAAAACACGAAUGUUAAAUCUAUAGCUAGUAUUGCAACAAUAGUAUCAACUAUACCCUUAGAUCAAGAGUCUCGUGUUAGCAGCACGCGUAGCCGUAAAUCAAGAAGUAAACCAAUCAAGUGUGAUCAUGCCGGAUGUAAUAAGACACCUAAAUGUGAUUCUACGUACAAGAAGCAUCAGCUCAAACACGAAAAGUCAUUCACGUGCAACGUGCCCAAAUGCAAAAGGGCUUCACAAGGAUUUACCACAUCAAACGAUCUAGAUCGACACAAGAAGAGUGUUCACCAAGUAGAUUUCAACAAAGGAUCUUACAGAAAGCAUAUUCAACGAAUACAUCAAGACGAAGAUGAGACAGAUAACCCUGAAAAGCAACCCUCUUUAAUAAACCAAGAGUCUGCAGACGCACACAUAGACGCCAGCUUAAUGUUAGCUGGCAUGGAUAAGUUCUUCCCACUCAGCCCAACGAUGGGCAAUUCAUCUCCUCUCGAUCUUUCAAUGAAACACGACCAUAUGGACUUUCUGAAACAAGUUCGUCGCCAAUACCUAGCACCGAGGCUAUCCUUAGCUCAGCAAACACAAAUUCCUCCCCUUACCCAAGUGUCCGCGGAGAUCGCACCGAGAGAAACCCUUUCCCAGGCUGCUCUAUCGGAUAUAGAUUACGGGUUCUCCAAUGCACCUCAGACAAAGGCCGAGCAACAAAAAAUAGCACAGAAAAAGCCCACUGCCGUGUCUUCCCCUUCUAGUACUAUAGAUAUUGGUCAUAUUCUGGACGUCCUACAGCAAGGGAGUAGUUCAGCAAAACGAGUUAAUACAUCGGCUGAAAACGUACAGCCAGGUUCGGACACUCAAUCUAACACGGAUCUAGUAGUCUUGACUAGACGUGAUGCUUUAGAAAUCAUCAAGUUUAUCACACAGAGCACAAACAUUGCUCAGGCGGCGCCAUAUAAGGCUAGAAAAAGUCAGACAACAGGUCUGAAAGUCUGUCCGCGUCCUGAAUGUGGAUAUGCCUUCAAUCGGGAAUGUGAUUUGCGGAGACAUAUGAAACGGCAUAAGAAGCCUUACGGCUGCACAUAUCCCAGGUGCCACAAGCGCUUUAGCGCGAAAUCAGAUUGGAAACGCCACGAAAACAGCCAACACUUCCAGCCUGAGGUGUUCCAAUGUGCUUUUAAACUAUCUCCCGGUGCGAUUUGUGGAGUUUAUUCACCUCAAAAGGAAAAAUUCGAAAUCUACUUGAAGAUAUAUGGCGUUUCUUCUCCCGAAGCCGUAGAGACUCUGAACACACGCAGUAAGAUUGGGAAGGAUUUAUGGGACGAACGGUUUGAUUAUAUAGUAGAGCACUUGGAACAAGAUGAUAAAAAGAGCAUUAGAGAGUGGAUAUGUGUCGAGCAGAACAAAACCAAGAAAGAAUUAGGAGAAGAGAGGAUGCAAAAUGAUGGCGAGGAUGAAGAGAGAGGAAGGAAUAAGGACUUCGUAUUGGUUGGAGGGGAUUAUGAUUGCGAUAAUCCGCUUCCGCCUUCAUCUCCCCGACUAGAACACAUACCUCGGACCCUAAUAUUGAUAGGUGAAAGCUUAUCACAAUUAAUUUCCCCAUUUUUUAGUAAUGAGGGCAACAGAAAGCGACCUGCACCUAACAAUACUAAUGACCUAGAUCUAAGAAGCCAGCAAAAGAGGAGAAUAAACACUAUUACCAACAGAUAUUGUUGCUCGUGUCAAAGUGGACCAUGCAACUCACUUCAACCUUCAUAUCUAGAAUGCAACCAUACACUGUGUUGGAGUUGUGAGUUGGUCACAGAGAAGUUUGUGAUGGUGGAUUCAAUGGAACUUUACCAACUAGUAUAG